AUGUCGGUUACCCGAAUCGGCUUCAUUGGCUUAGGCCAAAUGGGCCUGGAGAUGGCUCAGAAUCUUUUCUUGAAAAUAUCAAAAUCAUCAGUCUCAGGAAACGCUUUUGUCGUCUGCGACCCUAGUCCGAAAAGCGUAGAAAGAAUUUCUGCGUUUUGUAAGGAGAAUAUACCUGGGCAUCGCCUAGAUGUAGAGCCUAACCCUCUUGAAGUUACGAAAAAAGCAGAUGCCAUCUUUACAAUGCUACCUUCAACACCACAAGUCAAAGCCGUUUACCUUGGGGAGUCUGGCGUACUUCAGGCACUCAACUCGCUCCGUUCUUCUCACGCCUCCCGAUCUCCUCGUCUUUUUGUCGACUCCACUACGUUAGAUGUCCAGUUUGCAAGAGAGACAGCGAAGCAGAUUACAGAUGCUGGUGCUCAAAUGGUUGAUGCGCCGGUCUCAGGAGGGGUUGUUGGCGCUCGUGCUGGGACAUUAACGUUCAUGGUUGGCGGCCCGAAAGUGGCAUUUGAACGAUCGCGUCCGUUUUUAGACAUGAUGAGUUCUAGGGCAAUCCACUGCGGACAGUCAGGGACUGGUCUCAUCGCAAAGCUGUGUAAUAAUCAUAUCCUGGGAAUCAAUCAGGCGGCAAUAGCUGAGGGAAUGUUAUUGGGUCUCUCAUUAGGGUUAGAGCCAAGUCUUUUGGCUUCUAUCAUCAACAGCUCCACAGCACGUUCUUGGUCAUCUGAAGUCAAUAAUCCCGUUCAGGGCGCAUUGAAGGACAAGUCUCCACCUUGCGAACGGGGCUAUUUGGAUGGUUUCGCUAGCAAGCUAAUGCUCAAGGAUAUGCUGCUGGCAUCCGAUGCAGCAAAACCGGUCAAUGUUCCUCUGCCUGUUGGCGAGCGCGCUCUCAAGCUGUACGAAGAGAUGAUUCACGCCGACGACCACGGAACCACAUGGUCUCACAAUGGUGCUCUACUUCCCCGAAAGGACAGCGAUUUUUCCAUCGUGUAUGACUACUUGAUGCAACUUCAAGUCCCGUUACGACAUCCAUAA